AGGAGCCUGCAAAGAAAUUAAAACACAGCACGAACAGUUUGAAAUGAAUGCGAGAAUAAAUGGGUAGCCAGUUCAGAAAACGAAGGAGAGGAGUGACAUGGUCCCAAUUCCUAGCUCUAAGCAUAAGGUGUGCAGCAGAGUACUGUACUUUCUGAAGUUUCUGACUGAAGUAUGAGAGGCAGCCUGCAAGCAGUAGGGAAGGGUCCAAAGACAAGCAUGGGCCAAAUGGGCAUUGCGCCAAUGGUGGCUGGCCACACCUACCUCAAUCCUGGCCAAGAUGACCAGAUGGAGGUGAGGGGUUAUCGUUUAAGCCUUGGUCGCUACUACCUCAGCUGGGUUUUGUACUUUCUCACGGUGGGGCUUUUGCGCCUGUUGUUCUACUGGCUUCCGCAUCGGAUGGUGGAGUUCACUCACACAACCUGUCCUCUCAGCAUGGCCACCACGGUCAUCUUAAAGGAUCAGUAUGACCAGUACUUUGUUACAUCUGUCAACACAAACUCUGGAACAGGUGGCAGGGGACAUUCAAGCAGCAAGACUUUGAUGUUCAACAGGUUCAAGAAGUCAGACAAUUUUGAUCAGACAUUUGACAAUCCUGUGGUGGUUGAAGUGCCAGGAAUGCGGUGGUUUGUUUCCAAGAAAGUAAAGUAUGUCUGGGAUGAAGAACAGCAGAACUUUGUCAGAUUGCGAGGUUUAGAAGUGGGACACAGUUUUUCCUACUUCCACCAGCUUCAAGGCUUCACUGUUUCACAGCAAGCAGAACAGCGUCAGAUGUAUGGCAUAAACUCUGUUGCUGUUCAUGUCACACCCAUCAUCGUUCUACUAUUUAAAGAGGUUUUGUCUCCAUUCUACAUCUUCCAGCUGUUCAGCAUGAUCCUUUGGUACGUUGAGGGAUAUGUUAUCUAUGCUUCCUGCAUCCUUGUUAUCUCUAGCAUCUCCAUUGUUGUCACCAUCUACCAGACACGAAAGUUCCAGCGUGAGCUGAGAAACACUAUUUCAUCAUCAACACUUGUCACAGUGUGCCGAGGGGAAGAUGUUUUUGAUGAAAUACAAUCGGAGGAUCUGGUGCCUGGUGAUGUUAUAGAAAUUCCACGUCGUGGUUGCAUGAUGCAAUGUGACUGUGUACUGAUAAGCGGCAACUGCAUCGUCAAUGAGAGCAUGCUUACAGGUGAAAGUGUGCCCAUCACAAAGACAUCAAUUCCCAACCCAAUUGUUGGUGGUGGCGUGGAUGAGACCUCGUUCUCCAUAAAAAAGCACAGUCGCCAUGUUCUCUUCUCUGGAACCCAAGUGAUCCAGACUCGUUUCUAUGGUUCUCAGCGUGUAAAGGCAGUUGUUUUGCAAACAGGAUUUUCUACCUCAAAGGGUGAACUGGUGCGAUCUAUACUUUACCCAAAGCCUGUAGACUUCAAGUUCCAGCGUCACUCUUACUACUUUGUUUUGGUGCUGGCUCUUAUUGCAAUGAUGGGCUUCAUCUACACCAUCAUCCUUAAGGUCAGUUCUGGAAAGCCAGUGAGCAAUAUCAUUAUACGAUCUCUGGACUUGAUUACUAUCACAGUACCACCUGCACUUCCUGCUGCUCUGGCCAUGGGGGUCAUCUUUGCCCAAAAGCGUCUUGCAAAAAUUAACGUUUAUUGUAUUUCCCCACGCACUAUCAGCAUAUGUGGCACCAUCAACACUUUCUGCUUUGACAAGACAGGAACACUAACUGAGGAUGGACUGAAUAUGCAGGGGGUUGUACCUGCAUCUGGAGCAAAGUUUGAUCCAGAGAUUCGUGAUUUAACACUGCUGCCCAAGGGACCACUGAUAGAGGCCAUGGCAACUUGUCACUCUCUGACCAUCAUUGAGGGUCAGUUAAUGGGGGAUCCACUCGACCUGAUUAUGUUUAACGCUACCAACUGGGAACUAGAGGAACCAGGAGAGGAGGAGAGCAGAUUUGACAUGAUUGUACCAACCAUUGUACGGCCAAAGAAUCAGUCUGGACUACACUAUGCCAGCACAGAACAGCUGCAAGGUGAGGACCUGGGCAUCGUGCGUCAGUUUCCAUUCUCUUCUAGUCUCCAGCGCAUGUCUGUGAUCACCCGACAGUUGGGAGCUCAGCACUUCAACCUGUUUGUCAAGGGGUCGCCUGAAAUGAUUGCAAGCUUAUCUUUGCCACAUUCAGUACCAUUGAACUUUCAUGAUGUGCUGACUAAGUACACACAACAUGGCUACCGUGUCAUCGCCUUUGGCAAGAAGCAGCUUCCAUCAAAGUUGCGGUACGCCAAGAUCCAGCGGCUGCAGCGAGAACAGGUGGAGUGUAACCUGACCUUUCUGGGAUUGCUGGUGAUGGAAAAUCGCCUGAAGCCUCAGACAACACCAGUCAUCCACAAGCUGUUAGAAGCCAACAUUCGUACAAUCAUGGUUACAGGUGACAACAUGCUGACUGCAUUGAGUGUGGCGCGAGAGUGUGGAAUGGUGGAUCGUACAGACAAGAUCAUCCUAGUCCAGGCCAGCCCACCGGAGGGUCAAAAGACUCAGGCAGAGAUUGAGUUCUAUUAUGCUGAUGAUCGCACAAAGCAGGUUGAGGAAGUUGAUCAUGAGGGCUCAGCAGUGAUCUCUAUUGAUGAAGAUAACAAGCGCUUUCAUUUUGCUGUGACUGGCAAGUCCUGGGGUGUCAUCAGACAGUACCAGCCUGAGCUAUUGUCCAAGUUGGUUGUGCGAGGGACAGUGUUUGCGCGGAUGUCUCCUGACCAGAAGGCUCAGCUGAUUGAAGUGUUGCAGGAAGUAGGGUACCAUGUUGGAAUGUGUGGUGAUGGAGCAAAUGAUUGUGGGGCACUGAAGGCAGCUCAUGCAGGCAUAUCGCUGUCAGAAGCAGAAGCAUCUGUCGCUUCACCAUUCACUUCCAGAACACCCACCAUUGAGUGUGUGCCAAGUGUCAUCAGAGAAGGCCGUUGUUCACUUGUGACAGCCUUUGGUAUCUUCAAGUUCAUGGCCUGCUACAGUAUGAAUCAGUUCACAUCUGUCAUGAUCCUGUAUUGGAUUGGAGCCAAUCUUACUGACCCCGAAUUCUUGUAUGAAGAUCUCUUCCUGGCCACUACUCUGUUCAUUACGUUCAGCUGGACAGGUCCCUAUGAAGAACUGGCUAAACAGCUACCACCCAUGAGCCUGAUAAGUGUUGCCCCCAUCCUGUCAAUCAUUACACAGAUGACAGUCAUGAUUGUCCCACAAGCUCUGGCCUUCCUGUAUGUUCAGCAGCAGCCAUGGUUUGUGCCUUUUCAACAAAAUGAGGAUAAUGAUUAUACUUCUUACGAGAACAGCGCUGUUUUUCUUCUGUCUGCUUACCAGUACAUCACCAUGAGCAUCACCUUCAGCAAGGGUGCUCCAUAUCGAAAAACUAUGUUUUCUAAUUGGCUUUUCCUGGGCAAUAUAGCAGUCUGCACAGCAGUAACCAUCUGGAUCACCAUGUAUCCUACUGAACAGUUUGCUGAUGUCUUGGACUUGAAGCCAUUUCCAUCAAUAAGCUUCCGUGCAUUAGUUGUGGGUGUAGCUUUCAUCAACUGCCUGGUGUCAGUCAUUUUGGAGAUGUUUAUUGUGGACAAUACCUCCAUGCGAGACAAAUGUGGCAAUGCUGUUGGACAGUGUUGUAAAGAUGGGAGUUACCAAUACAGAGAAAUCGAAACAGAGCUGAAGGAGGAUCCUAGCUGGCCACCCGUCAGCUGCAAAUCCAUUGAUCUGGCAACAGUUUUUCAGCGUCUUGAAAAUCUGAGCCAUACCUCAACCACCCAGCAAUAUGAGGAUUACCUCGAACACAUUUUGGAGUCUGAUGAAGAGGAUAAGCCUGACAGCAGGAGGGGAAGCAGAACUGGAGGGGAAGGGGUGCAGCAGAUCUUCAACAACAGCCAUGACCCUAACUUGGGGCUACAGCAGUGCAACACUACUCAAGGGGUCGGCAGCCAAAGCACACGAUUGUGACAUCAGCUUCUGAGGCAUCUCUGCUUAUGAUGUCUCUCAUCUCUUAACUAAACAUGCAUCUGUCCUAACUCAACCACAUGGCAGCCACUGCUUGACGGUCAUCUUCAGUAUUGCAACCAUUUGUUCGCUGCUCGCCCUAAAGUCAAAGGUCUGUUACAGGUGGCCUGUGCUGGCAUGCAACUCUGCCAGUCAGAUACUUAUCAGCGUGGUGCAGCAUCUGCCUGUCACACAGUGUCAUGUUCCACAAUUAGUUUUGGCUGACCUUUCAGCUGUGCCCGGUGUCAUAUGAAUGUAGAUACACAGUACUGCGACCUGUUGUGGCCCUGUGUACACCCUCACAGCACACAGAGUCGGGUAGGGCACUCUAUGGUACAGGGGAAGGCAUGAUGCUGUAAUUCUCUAACUUCAGUAAUGAGCUGGAAAAUUUUACAUCAUUUACAAAUGAAAAAGGUGAUUAAAAUAAUUAGUGUUAUUUUCCAUGUGGCAAACAGUUUACAUGCAGUUUACCUAACUGUAACAGUGUCCCCUGUAUGCCAGCAGAACCCCUUAAAGUCAUUACAAAAAGCGGAAGGAUUUGAUUAACUCCAUAUGCCGGUAUUGACUGAUGUACCAUCCAUCUACAACAUGCAUGAAGUAUUUAUCAAUUGUUGUUUGUUGCACAUUAGGGGACUGAUUUUAAAACACAUCAGUGUGGUACAUUGUCUUUAAGCUCCUAAUCUUCUAAAGCAUCAUGUCUGCCUCAAUGGCUCAUGAAUGAAAUGUAUUCUAAAUCGUAUUUGUGCAGUCCGUCUUGUCAUACAUCUUCAUGGCAUAAUAUGGUUCCUUCUCUCUAUGAGUGUCUGCAUCUUCCACUAAUGCUUUUGUCUACAAUGUUGAUUUUGAGCAGAAAAAGUGCACACGCUGCUGUUGAGAGGGUCGUCUGCCCAUACUAGGGCUGUACAUAUGGUAAUCAUAAGAAUAUUUGACUAAUGUAAAGUUAAACAUAUCAAGAUAGCCAAAGAGAAAAGAAUUUUUGUCUCUGUAAAAUCUAAGUAUUAAAGUUUUUCAUGGGAAGUGUUAGGUUGAUGUGCUGGAUAGAAGACAUGAGCUGUAUUCAGCUUCCAAGUAGAAAGUGUUGGAUUUAUUUAAGUUUCACUAGUGUUAAAUUUCACUCUCAUGUGCAGUCACAUCUCCUGUGUAAAAUACAAUGUUCAGAUCUUGUGUACAAUGGGUUGACUUAAGUCAGCAAGGAUUCAAGUUUAUCAAGUCUUGCAUUAUUUUUUAAAGAAAAGCUUUUAAAAUCCUCAUCUAGAAGUAAAAUUACGUGUAGCUCACACACCAUCAAUAACAAUGAUCAAUAAAGUUAAUGUGUGAGCUACCUGCAAUUUUACUUCUGAAUGGAAGAAACAACAGGUGUAAUACGAUUGUUAACUAACUUGUACAAAAUACUAGCAACGAGGUCAUAGCUACACUAGACAGCAGCUGCAGCAAAUCAGCAUGCUUCUGUUGGGUUAAUAGUGAGCUUAGAACAGCAAGAGGAAGAACCAGACCAUUUCAAAUACAAUCCAGAAGGUACAAGACUACUUCAAAGACUUUCCAGAAGAAUAUCCGUCUCUUUACCCUCUUAUCUCCUCGUUUGUUUGAGAUUUAUUUGCUUGGAGAGCAGUAGGAGGUGUUGGGGGAUCUUCAGUGACCUGGUGUUGGGUCAGAAAUCCACUCACUUUAAGGGUUUGAAACAAAAUAAAUUCCCUUUCAUAGUUUUGGUGUGUUCGUCUUUGCCUGAACCAUUUUCCACAUCAGUUUUCUAAUAGUUCUACCUGUGUAUGUGAUAACGUGAACACAGUGGGCAAUAGUUCUUGUGUUCAGUUACAAAAAAAAAGAAAAAGAACAACAAAUUGAUCAUAACAAAACCAAUGCAUGGACAAUGGUAGAUUUUCUGAUACUUUGCUGAUUACACUAGGCAUGGAUUAUGAAGUGCAGCAGUGGUAUUUGCCAUUGACGAAGUUCUAUUUGGGUGUGCAAAGUUCUGUAUAUUGUUAUUUUUACUCAUCUUCUUAUUAUUAUUAUCUUCUCAUUAUAUUUAUUUUCUCAUUUCUCAAGUUUUCUACCACCCACCCUCUAUCUCUCCUCACUCCACUUUCCCAAUUACAAACUCUGACGCUAAGUCAGACAGAAGCCUGAGUGAUCCUAUCUGGAUGGUUUUCCAAGUCAGGGGGAAACCUGUUGGGUGAUCCUAUUUGGGUAGUUUUCCAAGUAAGACUGAAGCCAAAUAAUUCUUAAUUUAAACAGCCUGGAUUGCUUAACUGUGUGGUUUUGUAAUCUGGCAUAAAGAACACAUAAUAGCACGUACAUAACAUAUAACUCGCACAUAAACAACAGAUAACGGCACAUAACACAUUUCCUUAGUUCACCGAGUUUUUACAAAUGGAGACUAUUCUAUAUAUGCUGAUAAACAUUGUUUCAGUUUUCCAUGUUACUGGCAAAGGGAGAAGUUUGUUGUUUGUUAUUUUUUGCUAGUUAGUCUAUCCCAGAUUUUUUUCUGCUUAAAGUAACAGCAAAACUACAUUCAGCAUGAACCACUUUUAAGCAGAGACUUGUGGCCAGAUCAUUCUGCUGCCAGGAGAUGGCUUCUGUACAUGCAUGCAUUUGCUCAUUUUACCCAUUGAUGCAUUUACAGGAUUUUAUUUAUAUUUCACUGAAUAUUUUUAUUUGUGUGUGUGUGUGAUGGUAAUUUUGUUAUCUAUAGGUAUUUAUUUAAAGCAGGAUAACCUGAGUGUUUGAUGUUCAGAGGGGGCCGUCUUGAAAACAUGUUAAAGUAACAGUUGGAAAGCCAUUGUCCAGAAGCAACUUUGUCCAGGAUCUUAGGGCUAGAGUUUCCUGGAAAGUGGUCCUUGUGGCACAUUUCAGACUAAGUAGGUCUAGUGAAGUUUUUCAUACACAUGCAGGUUUUCUGGAUAGUUUCAUGGACAUGCAGGUCUUCUGAAGCUUUUCUGAUAGUGGGCAAGCACAUCUCAUGAAAAUUUUGUAACAGAUUGGCCUUGAGACACCUUGUAAUUUGAUGAGUCGUGUAACACCUUUAAAGUCGAUGUGCCCUGUGACAAGCUCCAAAUCUGAUGUGGCAUCUUGGCAUGUUAUUAUGUUGUCAACUGCCAUCUCAAAUACUUAUGAGUUUUAAGGCUUUUCAGUAAGACCUUCAUAAACUAUUUUCCAUGUGAGCUUUUUUACCUCAGAGUUAUCCUUCAUAUUGCUGUGGUGGUACUAACUGUUACAAAGAUCAUGACUAUAGUAUUACAUACUUGUUACAGAGGUCGGUGCCUAAACAUCCUUUCCAAAUGUUUGCAAUUUCCCAGGGUAUUUCAUAGCAGUCUUUUUAAAAGUCAGAAUGUUAGAUAGGGUGUCUGGAUAUUCCACAGUGCUUAGUUCAGCUGUAAUUGUUUUUAUGGUCAAAAAAGGGAGAAAAGCAGCUAAUAGACUAUGUCAGUGCAGGAAAUUAAAAAGUGUAAUUUUUGUAAUGAAAGAGGGUUUAUUUGCAUGCAUGUCAUGAUGGAAUGCACUGUAGUGACUGGACUUGUAAUGGCCAGUUUGUCACAUGGAAACUUUUUAGCUCUGUUAUUUUUAGAUCGCUGUGUUAAUUGUUUAGGGGAGUUUAUUUUACAUAAUCAUUUGUACAAACAAAUUUGAUGCAUUUGUAGUUUACCAGAGUCUGUGAAAUAAGAUGAGGGAAGUAGAACACAGCUUGCAUGUUCUUUUUCUCCAGUUUACACAUCUUUAUUGUUUGUAAUAAUAAAAAAGAUAUAUUUUUCCAGAUUCAGGAAUUUAUCAGAUAUUUGAAAUAUAAACUAUUUUAUGCUAGAUGACAGGGAGCAAUUUUGUUUUGAGUAGUACAUUUGUAUCAUGUUGCCCAAUAAGCUUUUUGAAUAUUUUUGUCGGUCAGUUGAUGGUGAGAAUGGAGGUGGAGUCUGUAAGUCUGUAUAUAAUAAUAAAAUAAUAAUAAUGAUUAUAGCUGCAGCAACAAGCCAGUGUAACAGUCAGAUAUCAAGUGCCUUAUUUUGUCCUAUGUGCUGCCUUGGGGCAGCAGUUCCAAAUCAGAAUGCUUACAAGCCAUGUCUUUGUAGUCUUAUAGCAGCUGUGGAUUUGGGCUUUAAAUUUACAAUUAAAUGGCAGGGAAACCUGUUCUGUGUAUUUGUAUCUUGAGGGGAAUUCUUAUGAAAUUAUUGCUCAGUGUUGGAGUCACAAGUCUUCCAGUCAUUAUUUGAUAGUGUCUGUUGUCAGAUUGAUCAGAAAGAUACUGAAAAGUUAAUUGUCUAAAUAAUAUUAGGAGGCAGGACAUGCUGAACACUCUCAUAUGUAGUUGGUUAUCUAUAAUACACUGACUCCUAUGUAUUUAACUAAUGUUAGUCUCUAAGACACAUUCAGAAUGUUGUUCAAGUUGGGUAAAUCAGAAAGAGAUGUUGGGCACAUGGUCUUCUGUGAGAGUCAAGGUGAAGGAAGGAAAGCUGUUUUUGCAGUUUUUAUGCAAAUGCCUAAUGUGGUUCUACAUGGGAUAUCCACUGUGUAGAUGAGUGUUGUAAACAUGGUGAUACAUAGAUGAUCUAUUGUGGAUGCCUGCUAUAAGUAUGGCCCUACACAUAGAAUCUUUUGUUCUUGCCAUUGAUUCCAAGGUAGGCGGAGAAUUACUGCUGGUAACAGCUUCUCAGCAUGACUCUGCACAAGUUUAGAAAUGCCAUCAUCCAGAUAACAGUGAGGUAGUGUAUGUUGCAAGCUGUUGUUCACAAAAUAGUUUUUACAAGUGCAGUAAAGAAUAGCCACGUUAUGUUCUUGCUGACCAGGGUCAAAGAUGAGUCUAGUGAGUUGCUAAUCUGUCAUGUAGCUUGCCUGAUGAACUGAACUUUCAGCAUGGAGUGUCUGUACCACCCAACACAAUGUUGUCAGCAUUUUUGUCUUUUUCCAGUAUCAUUGCUGGUGCAAUGGCUCCUGUCUGCUUUAUUUUGCCAUUACUGACACAGCGUUGAUUUCCAUAGUGACACAGCGUUGAUUUGAGUGCCAUAACUGAUUUUCUUUAGAUCAGCUGUAGCAUAGGGAACACUUAUCCCAUGAGUUUUUGUUGCAUAUUUAUAUGACCCAAAUCAUGUUCCCUUCAUUUUUGUACCUGUUGGGCUAACAACUGCAUUUGCCAAUAAACUUAUAUAUCGGCAGUAC